CCGCCCCGCCCCUCCCGCCGCUUCCAGAAGCUCUGGUGGGGUUUGGGCCUGGGCUGCGAGACUCUGAGCCCCUGGCUCCUCCGCUGGGGCGCGGCGGGCGCCAAGUGCCGGAGGCUCGCACCCCCUCCCGGUGAGAGCCAUGGAUUCGCAGGGGCUGAAGACUUUGAUUAAUUACUAUUGUCAGGAGAAAUAUUUCCAUCAUGUAUUACUUACUGCCAGUGAAGGAGUUAAGAGGUAUGGCAGUGACCCAGUCUUCAGGUUUUAUCAUGCCUAUGGUACAUUAAUGGAAGGUAGAACUCAAGAAGCUCUUCGGGAAUUUGAGGCUAUUAAAAAUAAACAAGAUGUAUCACUUUGUUCUCUAAUUGCACUGAUAUAUGCCCAUAAAAUGAGUCCUAAUCCAGAUAAAGAAGCUAUUCUGGAAUCAGAUGCCAGAGUAAAAGAGCAGCGUAAAGGAGCUGGGCCAAAAGCUCUGUACCACGCAGGCUUAUUUUUAUGGCACAUUGGUCGUCAUGAUAAGGCGAGAGAAUAUAUUGACAGAAUGAUCAAAAUGUCAAAUGGCAGUAAAGAGGGACAGGUUUUGAGAGCAUGGCUUGAUAUCACAAGAGGAAAAGAACCUUAUACUAAAAAAGCACUAAGAUAUUUUGAAGAGGGAUUACAAGAUGGAAAUGAUAUUUUUGCUCUGCUGGGUAAGACACAAUGCCUUGAGAUGCGCCAGAAUUAUUCAGGUGCUCUGGACACUGUGAACCAGAUAAUAGUGAACUUUCCGAGUUUCCUUCCUGCUUUUGUAAAGAAAAUGAAACUACAGCUCGCCUUACAGGAUUGGGACCAGACUGUUGAAACAGCACAGAGGUUAAUGCUUCAAGAUAAUCAAAAUGUGGAAGCUCUAAGAAUCCUGGCUCUUUACUAUUUGUGUAGGGAGGGGGACAUAGAGAAGGCUGCCACCAAGCUGGAAAACUUAGAAAAUGCAUUGGAUGCCACGGAACCACAAAAUGCUCAACUUUUUUAUAAGAUCACAGUAGCCUUCAGCAGAACUUGUGGACGAAGUCAACUCAUUCUUAGAAAAGUUCAGACAUUACUACAACGAGCUCUUGCUUUAAACCCUGAGCAAUCAGAAUUUGCUACAGAACUUGGAUACCAAAUGAUUUUACAAGGAGACAUGAAAGAAGCAUUGAAGUGGUAUAAUACCGCCAUGAAACUGGAUGAAACUAGUGUCCCCGCACUAAUUGGAGUUAUCCGAUGUCAAUUAAUAGAAGGGCAGUUACAGGAUGCAGAUCAGCAGCUCGAAUUCCUUAGUGAAAUUCAGCAGUCUAUUGGAAAAUCUGCGGAAUUAAUUUAUUUACAUGCAAUUCUUGCUAUGAAGAAAAAUAAGCGACAAGAAGAAGUUAUUAAUAUGUUAAAUGAUGUUCUGGACACUCAUUUUUCACAUUUAGAAGAUUUACCACUUGGCAUACAAUAUUUUGAGAACUUAAAUCCUGAUUUCUUACUAGAAAUUAUUACAGAAUAUCUGAAUUUUUGCCCAAUGCAGCCUGCAAGUCUUGGGCAACCUCUUUCUCCACUUCUCAGACGUUGUACCUCAAUCCUGGAGACUAUAGUAAGAACUGUACCAGGUCUACUGCAAGCUGUCUUCCUUAUAGCAAAAGUGAAAUAUUUAUCAGGUGACAUUGAAGCAGCUUAUAAUUACCUGCAGCAUUGCCUAGAACACAAUCCUUCUUAUGCAGAUGCGCAUCUCCUAAUAGCUCAGGUUUAUUUGUCUCAGGAAAAAUUCAAAUUGUGUUCUCAGUCACUUGAACUUUGCCUGAGCUAUAAUUUUAAGGUGAGAGAAUGCCCUUUGUAUCAUUUGAUAAAAGCUCAGUCACAAAAGAAAAUGGGAGAAAUAGCAGAAGCAGUUAAAACCCUGCAUAUGGCAAUGAGUUUACCAGGAAUGAGGAGAAUUGGAGCUUCCUCAAAAUCAAAACACAGAAAAACUGAAGUUGAUGCAAACCAUCGUUUAUCAAUCUUUCUUGAGUUGGUAGAGGCUCACCGCUUAAAUGGAGAACAGCAUGAGGCAGCGAAAGUUAUACAAGAUGCCAUCCAUGAAUUUUCUGGGACAUCUGAAGAAUUGCGUGUUACUAUUGCUAAUGCAGACCUAGCUCUGGCCCAGGGGGAUGUUGAGCGAGCUUUAAGUAUGCUUCGGAAUGUUACCGCUGAACAGCCUUAUUUCAUAGAGGCCAAAGAAAAAAUGGCAGAUAUUUAUCUGAAGCACAGAAAAGAGAAAAUGUUAUAUAUUACUUGUUACAGAGAAAUUGCUGAGAGAAUGCCCAGCCCUCGUUCUUUUCUUCUCCUUGGUGAUGCAUACAUGAAUAUACAAGAGCCAGAAGAAGCCAUAAUAGCGUAUGAGCAAGCAUUAAAUCAGAAUCCCAAAGAUGGAACACUGGCAAGCAAAAUUGGGAAAGCACUUGUCAAAACUCACAACUACUCAAAGGCAAUCACUUACUAUGAAGCCGCUCUGAAAAGUGGACAACAAAAUUAUCUUUGCUAUGACCUGGCUGAGCUUUUAUUAAAAUUGAAAUGGUAUGACAAAGCAGAAAAAGUUCUUCAGCAUGCUCUAGCUCAUGAGCCUGUAAAUGAACUGUCAGUUCUCAUGGAGGAUGGACGUUCUCAUGUUCUCCUAGCAAAAAUUUAUAGUGAAGUGGAAAGACCUGGUGAUGCCAUAGCUUCAUUACAACAGGCUCGAGAAUUACAAUCUAGGAUACUAAAACGUGUUCAGAUGGAACAGCCAGACGCAGCUUCUGCACAGAAGCAUUUAGCAGCUGAAAUUUGUGCAGGGAUUGCCAAACAUUCUGUUGCUCAGCGAGACUAUGAGAAAGCAAUUAAGUUUUAUAGAGAGGCUCUUGUUCAUUGUGAAACAGAUAAUAAGAUCCUGUUGGAGCUGGCUCGAUUGUACCUGGCACAGGACGACCCUGAUGCCUGCCUGAGGCACUGUGCGCUGCUUCUCCAGAGUGACCAGGACAAUGAAGCUGCCACCAUGAUGAUGGCAGAUCUCAUGUUCAGGAAACAGGACUAUGAACAAGCAGUGUUUCAUUUACAGCAGCUUUUAGAACGCAAACCAGAUAAUUACAUGACAUUAUCUCGUUUAAUUGAUUUCCUGAGAAGAUGUGGAAAACUUGAGGAUGUUCCAAGAUUUUUCUUAAUGGCUGAAAAACGUAACUCCAGAGCAAAAUUGGAGCCGGGAUUUCAAUACUGUAAAGGACUAUAUCUUUGGUAUACUGGAGAACCAAAUGAUGCCCUUCGACACUUUAAUAAAGCUCGGAAAGACAGUGACUGGGGCCAAAAUGCCCUUUAUAAUAUGAUAGAAAUCUGUCUGAAUCCAGAUAAUGAAACUGUUGGAGGCGAAGUAUUUGAAAAUCUGGAUGGAAACCUAGGGAAUUCAACUGAGAAGCAAGAGUCUGUGCAAUUAGCAGUGAGAACAGCAGAAAAACUCCUUAAAGAGCUAAAACCUCAGACCAUUCAGGGUCAUGUACAGCUUCGCAUAAUGGAAAACUAUUGCCUAGUCGCUACCAAACAGAAGUCUAAUGUUGAACAAGCAUUGAAUACCUUCACCGAAAUAGCAACAUCUGAGAGGGAUCAUAUUCCAGCACUUUUGGGAAUGGCAACAGCUUAUAUGAUCUUGAAACAGACUCCAAGGGCCAGAAACCAGCUGAAGCGGAUUGCGAAAAUGAACUGGAAUCCUAUUGAUGCUGAGGACUUUGAGAAGAGUUGGCUGCUGCUUGCUGAUAUUUAUAUUCAAUCAGCAAAAUACGACAUGGCAGAAGAGCUAUUAAAGCGGUGCCUGCGUCAUAAUAGGUCUUGCUGCAAAGCUUAUGAAUACAUGGGAUACAUUAUGGAAAAAGAGCAAGCAUAUACAGACGCUGCCUUAAACUAUGAGAUGGCAUGGAAACAUGGCAAUCAGACAAAUCCAACAGUAGGAUACAAAUUGGCAUUCAAUUACUUAAAAGCAAAAAGAUAUGUGGAUGCAAUUGAUGUAUGUCACCAGGUUCUUGAAGGACAUCCAACUUAUCCAAAAAUCAGAAAGGAUAUACUUGAUAAGGCCCGCAUGUCUUUGAGACCUUGAAAACUGUUAAUAUUUAGUUUGUUGAUGCAGCAGGAAAUGGAAGGAAUCAGUUCUUCUGGGUCAAAAUAGGUUUGAGCUAAAGCUCUAUAACAGAAGCAUCCUUUUCUUUCUCCAGCAGAGGCUGCUAUUGUAUAUAAAGAGAAAUGCUGUGUCACAUGGAUGGUUUCUAAUGGAGCAGGUGACUUAGAGCUGGUUUAUUUGAUUGCCUGUCUUGAUUAGGAAUAGAUUUGGUGUCUCUGUGGUAAAGAUUAUAACCCAUUUCUAUAAAGAACAUUUUAUUAAAUACUAGGUCAUUAAGUAUCCUAUACCUUUUCUUAGGAACAUUGUUUAUUUCAGGAAAUAUAUUUAAAACGCUAUUGUUCUUUGUUAACAUUCUUUGCUGUUUCAAAGGUUUGAAAAAGUUUUCUUGUUAAUAAUGUAUGAAAAAUAAAAAGUCUAUUUUAAUAAAGACUUUACAAAUUUAUGGUUGUAUUGCUCUUGGAACUCAAGAGACAUGGUAAGUUUUGCAAAAUCAGGGUAAGCUCCCUGUACAAUUCACGAUGUUUAGUGAGUAGUAAUACAGAAUAUGUGACUUGCCUAGAAGAAUCUUUUUAGAAAAAUACAAAGAAUGUGAGUUUCCCUUCCCUUCGUUGAACUCCUUCUUUCUGCUUUUGAUGCUAAUGUGAUCUUAAGAAAUAAUCUAUACCUGAAAUCCAUUUACAUAGGUAAGCUCUUACAGCAAUAAUUAACCUUAGCCCAAAGACUCGGUCUUUUGAGAUGACUUCAGACACUGUAACAUCUGGCAGAGAAGGGUGACAAUAUUUCUGGUCAACAGGGACUCACCAAGCACACCCUGUGAAGGCAACUGCUUACCUUACCGUGCCUAACACCCUCUGGCCCAGCAGUUCUCAGUCUUUUAGGUUAAGUUUAACCUAAUCUUAAUAAACUCAAUUUUUAGCAUUAUUUCUGAUUUGUUGUCUACCUCUUUCUCACUUGUCUUUAAAAAUAUCAUAGUCUUCUAUGUCAUUUGCAUUUUCAAUAAAUAGAGUAUUUUUUAGUCA